GCCCGGUCCUCGGGAGACUGUGGGUGGAGGGGCCUAGGCCUGCGUGUCGGAGCCAGCCGCCAGCCUGCUCCCGCCGCCCGCAGGCAGCCAUGUUAAGGAGACUGGAUGGAAUCUUCUCUUUGACUUUCUAGGAGAUACAAUCUCACAGCAAACUUCCUGUUCCUCUGGCUUUUACAAACCCUCUCUUCCUCAAUAAUCCCUGAGCCUAAGAAAGAUAAAGUGCUAGAUCUGUUUGAUUUGAGGAGGAACUUCAGUACUGACUCACUGCAAGAGGGAUGGGAUCAGAGAACAGUGCUUUAAAGAGCUAUACACUGAGAGAAUCGCCAUUUACCUUGCCCUCCGGACUUGCUGUUUAUCCCGCCAUACUGCAAGAUGGAAAAUGCGCCUCAGUGUUCGUAUAUAAGAGAGAGAACGAAGACAAGGUUAACAAAGCCGCCAAGCACUUAAAGACCCUUCGUCACCCUUGCUUGCUAAGGUUUUUAUCUUGUACUGUGGAAGCAGAUGGCAUUCAUCUCGUCACUGAGAGAGUGCAGCCUUUGGAAGUGGCGUUGGAAACCCUGUCUCCUGCAGAAGUCUGUGCUGGAAUCUAUGACAUAUUGCUGGCUCUUAUCUUCCUUCAUGACAGAGGACAUCUGACACACAACAAUGUCUGCUUAUCAUCUGUUUUUGUGAGUGAAGAUGGGCACUGGAAGCUUGGAGGCAUGGAAACAGUGUGCAAAGUUGCUCAGGCCACACCAGAGUUUCUCAGAAGUAUCCAGGCAGUAAGAGACCCAGCAUCUAUUCCUCCUGAGGAGAUGUCUCCAGAAUUUGCAGCCCUUCCAGAGUCCCAUGGACAUGCCCGGGAUGCCUAUUCCUUCGGAACUUUGGUGGACAGCUUGCUCCCCAUCUUGAAUGAGCAGGUUUCAGCGGAUGUUCUCUCCAGCUUCCUACAGACCUUGCACUCAGCUCUGCUGAAUCCCAUGCCAAAGUGUCGGCCAGCGCUCAGUACCUUACUGUCCCAUGAUUUCUUCAGAAAUGAUUUUCUAGAAGUUGUGAAUUUCUUGAGAAGCUUGACAUUAAAGAGUGAAGAUGAAAAAACUGAAUUUUUCAAAUUUCUGCUGGACAGAGUGAGCUGCUUGUCAGAAGAAUUAAUAGCUUCAAGAUUGGUGCCUCUCUUGCUUAACCAGUUGGUGUUUGCUGAGCCAGUGGCUGUUAAGAGUUUUCUUCCCUAUCUCCUUGGCCCUAAAAAAGAGAAUGCAGGAGAGACUCCUUGCUUGCUCUCGCCAGCACUGUUCCAGUCACGGGUGAUCCCUGUGCUUCUCCAGCUGUUCGAGGUCCAUGAGGAGCAUGUGAGGAUGGUGUUACUGUCCCACAUUGAAGCCUACGUGGAGCACUUCACCCAGGAACAGCUGAAGAAAGUCAUCUUGCCACAGGUAUUACUGGGCCUUCGUGAUACCAGCAAUUCCAUUGUGGCAAUUACUCUUCGUAGCCUGGCGGUGCUGGUAUCUCUGCUUGGACCAGAAGUGGUUGUGGGAGGAGAAAGAACCAAGAUCUUUAAGCGCACUGCUCCAAGUUUUACCAAAACUAGUGACCUUUCCCCUGAAGGUUCUCCCAUGCAUGUUGUCUGCAACCAGCAGAGUCAGAUCUCACAAGUCUUGGAGAAUCCCUCUUCUAACGCAUUCCCUAAAUGGCUGUUUUCUGGCAACAUGCCCAUCAACAGCAAGAAGCACAUACAGGAAGAGGGUUACAGUACUCUUUUACAAACAGGUGAUCAGUUUUCUCAUUCUAUUAAACUCCCUAUGAAUGGAAUCUCAGAUGUGAAAAACACUUCAGAGGACAAUGGAAACUUCCCAGCAGGUUCUAGUAGUAAGCCUGAGGAGUGGCCUGACUGGAGUGAGCCUGAGGAACCUGAGCACCAAACUGCCACUAUUCAGAUACGGCCCCAAGAACCCUGUGAUGUAGCAGAGUCCCGGCACACGAAUCUGAACACAGAGGAGUCCUGGGACGACUGUGAGUCUAGCUUUGGUACUGAAGUAAACACAGUGGCUGGAGCCUCUGCUGCCAUGUCUGUUACCUCAGGGGAGCAGAAGCCUACUGCAGCUUUGCUUCCUCUCACUCAGGAGUCUAAGCCUUUGAAAUCUAGUCCUUCUUCAAAGACCAGUCAUAUACAGCGUGGGGAAGUCAAACCACUAGAUGGAGCCCAAGAACGACCACUUAAGGUUCGGUCAGAACUUGGUUUAGGAGAAGAGUUUACCAUACAAGUCAAAAAGAAGCCAGUACAAGAUCCUGAGUUGGACUGGUUUGCAGAUAUGAUCCCAGAAAUUAAGCCUUCGGGUACUUUGCUUAUUUUCCCUGAACUGAGGACAGAAGUGAUGGUCCCUGACAAGGAUAACAUCUCACCAGUGAUGCAGUUUUCCUCAAAAUUUGCUGCAACAGAAAUGACUGAGGGAGAGGCAGAAGGCUGGGAAGAAGGAGAAGAGCUGAGCUGGGAAGAUAACAACUGGUGACUAUGAGGAAGAGCUUAAACUUCAGGAAUAAUUCUAAAAGAAAAGAAGUAAUACCUCAGAGCAAGCUGCAUGGAUGUAAAACCCCAAAGCAGCCUGUGUUCCCCGUACCAGAAGCUCUUUUUGCAGUCUGUGCCAACUCAAGCUGAGACCAACCUCCAGUUGCUGACUAAGCCCUAGGUGGCAGAAAGCUCAGUGCCGGAUUCUAGGAAGAAGAGCCUGUGUGCACUUGACCGAGGCCAGUUCCCAUGCAAAGUAAGUAGCUAAGAAGUGCUUUUUCCAGGACAGUUCUGGAAGUAAAGAAAAUAAAAAAUUCAAGCUGGUGAGCUUAA